CAGUGUAUUUUGCUUUUACUUGUAUAACAAGUGUUUUCUUUGCAUAAUUUGAAAAACAAUUCAAUUAAUUUUUAUGUGAUCAACAAAUACAUUUAAAUUUGGAUUAAAAUAAAUAUUACUAAUCAAAAUGAGUAUAACAUACGGUGUUUGCCUCUUAUUAAUAUAUUAUCCAAUUAUCAUUAACGGUGCCAUCAAUGGAUCAAAUACUGAACAAAUGACUCAGUUGUUUGGUCGUCCUGUCGGACAUAAGACCAAUCUGUUGACGGCUGGAUAUCACGGACCAGCUCUUCUACAAGAUGUCCAAUUUUUAGAAGAGAUGGCACACUUCGACAGAGAGCGCAUACCUGAGCGUGUAGUUCACGCCAAAGGUAGCGGUGCUUUCGGUGUGUUUCGGGUGACAAAUCCGCAGAUCACGCGCUACACUAAUGCAGCUUUAUUUAGCACUUCGGGAAAAAAGACUGAAGUGGCCGUCCGAUUCUCUACAGUUGCGGGCGAAAAGGGUUCGGCUGACACUAUAUUUGGUGAUCCGCGCGGAUUUGCCGUCAAGUUUUAUACUGAAGAAGGCAACUGGGAUCUGGUGGGUAAUAAUGUUCCCAUAUUUUUCAUACGUGAUGCCAUGCAAUUUCCAUCACUAAUUCACGCCAACAAACGUAACACCGCUACCGGGCUUAAGGAUCCCAACUAUCUCUGGGACUUCAACUCAUUGAGACCCGAAACACUCAAUUUGAUUACCUAUAUGUUCAGUGAUUUUGGUAUACCUGAUGGCUGGCGUCAUAUGCCUGGGUUUAGUAUACAUGCGUUUAAAUUGGUCAACAGUGACGGUAAGCACGUGUACGCAAAGUUUCAUUGGAUACCGAAACAGGGCAUCAAAAACUUGGACGUCGACACUGCCACACAAUUGAGAGGCACUGACCCCGACUAUGCCAGACAAGACUUGUAUGAAGCUAUAGCUAAUGGAAAGUACCCCUCGUGGACAUUGAUGAUACAGGUUAUCACCGAACAGGAGGCACGAAGAUUCUCAUUUAAUCCAUUUGAUGCCACAAAGAUUUGGCCGAUAGAUAAAUACCCACUCAUUGAAGUGGGUGUCAUGACAUUGAAUCGUAAUCCGAGUAACUUUUUUGCCGAAGUCGAACAGAUAGCUUUAUGUCCGGCCAAUUUGGUGCCCGGCAUUGAGCCGUCACCCGAUUUACUAUUAGCCGGCAGACUGUUUUCAUAUGGAGAUACUCAAAGAUAUCGAUUAGGUUCAAAUCAUCAGCUGAUUCCCGUAAAUCGGGCCAAAAAUAAGGUAAUGGCACCGACACAGAGAGAUGGAUCAAUGCGUACGGAUGACAAUGAGGGCAAUUCGCCCAACUAUUUCCCCAACUCUUACAACGGUAUCAGCGAUAAACAACGGAUGAUGGACUCAAACAUUACGCUCAAUGACAACCGUAACGAUGAGAUUGUUGUUUUCAGAUACGACGACAAAGAUGACCACAACUACGAACAGCCCCGAGAUUUCUACCGAUCGCUGACAAAGGAUUGGAGGGAACGGUUACAUCGGAAUAUAGCCAUGGCUUUGAAGGGCGCCCACGGAUUCAUCAUUGAUAGACAACUCAAAGAGAUAAGCAAAGUCGACCAGAACUAUGCCGAUGGUGUACAACAAGAGCUGACCAAAAUAAUUAAAAAAAAUCCCAAACGACAGACUAUUAAUACAAAACCAGUAAAAACAGCGACCCGUCGGGUGAAGACAUCUUCGAGAAGUGGUUCACGAAAAAGAAGUUCAGACGAUAGCAAUAAUAAUGGCAGCGAAUGGAUAGAUAAUGGUUGGCGAAGAAGUGGAUCGCCGUCUACUAGUAGACGAUAUUAUGGCAAUAAUGGCUGAUUUAAUGACUGAAAAAAUGACACAAUUUUUUUUUAUUAAAUAAAUGCCAAACAUAUUAUUAUUGUUAAUCCAGUUAUGAAGUGAUGCUUAAAACAAGUUUAAGUAA